GUGUCUCCUCUAUUGUUAAGGUAACAGAGCAGCAGUCUCCUCUUAAGAUAGAUGCAGCAGCAGCAGCAAUUGCUGCUGUCUGCAUAACUCCUGCAGCACGUGCUGCUGCUGCUGCUGGUCGUCAAGCUGCAGCAGCAGUAGCAAAGCUAAGGAAAGAGCUAGAAGCACCUGCAGCAACAGCAGCAACAACAGCAGCAACAGCAGCAACAGCAGCAACAGAAACAGCAACAACGGAUGCUGUUGCUGCAGCAGGAGGAGCACUAACAGCAGCAGCAGAGUUUAUACUACAGGUAUUAGCAGCAACAUUAGAUGCAUGGCGUUUAUCUAUAAUUGAAUAUAAACAAAAUAUAAAUGAUGAACAAAAUAGUCGUAAAAAAGAGGCAUUAACUACAUUAGGUGAGGUUGCUGCUGCAGUUGCUGCGCAGCAGCUGCAGCAGCAGCUGCAGUGUAUACGUGUGUCUAUUGAGGGGACACUGCAGCAGCAAAUAGAGGAGACAAGGAGACACAAGAAAUCCAUCGUGCUGCAGUUAGAUAAAUCUGCUGCUAUUGAUUCUUAUUUUAAUGAGGAAGCAAUUGCUGCAGCAAAGGAGACAGGGGCGCUGCAGCAAGCAAGACAGGCAGCCCUUACUGCAAGUAGGAAAGAACUCCGCAAGAUAGAGACCCAGAUGUUAAUGCAAGCACAUAAUGCAAGGAAGCUACUGAAGGCCCUAGCAGAGAAGCGGCAAAUGCUGCUCCGUUUUGCUGCCUUCUUCCAUCGCCGCGUGAUGCCCGAGACAGACGAACGCGCUGUCCUAAGCAGACUACAAAAGUUGCACGGGGGCCUGAUGGGUACGGCUGAAGGAGGGAUUGAUAUUGGGGGCCUCCCCUUAGAUCUUAAUGGGGAGGGUACAGGGGGGGGCCCCCGUCGUAGUUCCUUAGGGGCCUCCUUAUCUGAUUGUUCCCUGUUUACUGCUUCUUAUCCUCAUAAAAAACCCUCAGAGGGUAUUCGUUAUUCAUUAACCUCUCUACUAACAGACUCUCCCUCUCCUACCCCUGCAGGGGACUCCCCACAGCAGCAGCAGCAGCAGCAGCAGUUGGAGGGGCCCCAUAAGGGGGGCCUCCUGGAGGAGGAGGUACAGACAGAAGGGGCCCCCAGGGUUUGUACACCAGAAAAGGAAAACAACAAUGCUAUGUUGCAUGCGUAUCCAACGGACAUUGGGGCUUCCAUUGCAAGGAGUACUGCGGCAGCAGCAGCACCUGCAGCAGCAGCACCUGCAGCAGCAGCACCUGCAGCAACAACAACAGCAGCAGCAGCAGCAGCUGCUGCUGCUGCGGUUGCAGCUACACCCGUAAGAGUAGGUAUAUCAAGACCUACUCCCUUACCUGAGGGUUUUGUUGGUACUUUUUCCCUCCGUAGUCUUGUGGGGUCUCGCCGCAUGCGCUGA